UUCAGCCUGCCGCCGAGGUGGAAACAGGUGCGGCCGGGGAGGCUUCUUGCCAGGCUGGUCCAGAGCUCAGAAACUGGACCCCAAAGUCCUGAUUUUUCGGCAGAGAGGCUUGGGAAGGCUGCCCCGCUCCGGUUCCCCCGGGGCUCUGCGUUAGGUUAGGGAGGGACUCGUCUUUAGGUCGCAGACUCUCUCCACCCCCACCCCCCCACCCCCCGCCAACUCCAGGGCAGAGGGGACCCUAGGUAUCAGCCUAACUGGGUGAAAAGCCAAGGGGGAGGGCCUAGAGUUGGAGCCCCUGCGAGGGAAUGUCUAAGGAGCGGAGGGAUUGCAGGAUCGACCCCACAUGCGGCAGCUGUUUGCCAAAUGGCUAGAUUUAAGACCCUGUGUGGGUGGCUUUUGCUGGUCAUAUAAGGAGCCCAGCGGCUGUGUUAUGUCUCUCACUCCCUGUAGGAAAGGCAGAGGGAAGAGUGGAAAGUGAAACUUGUUUUAGAGCAGUAGUCUUCAGCCGGGCAUUUUUUUUUCCUGCCAGGGAACAUUCAGCAAUGUCUGGAGACCUUGUGGUUGUCACAACUCAGGGGAAGGGGCCAGUGUUGUUGCUACUGGCCGCCGGUGCAUAGAGGCCAGGGAGGCUGCGAAUCAUCCUACGGGACGGCCCCCACCGCAAAGAAUCCCCCAGCUGUCCAUAGUGCCCUGCUGUGGUUGAGGGACCCCGGUGCAGCCCCUGGUCCGUCAAGUUCUGUAUUGACUGCCCCACUCCCUGCCUCAGUUUCCCCAGGGGUUAGAGAAGGAACUUGGAGUAUAGCCUAAAUGAGAUACAUGGUUCCCAGCUUAAACCACGGGCCCUGCAGGAAGCCGGUCUGGGUGCUGUGGUGGGAGGAGCUGAGACCAAAGGGCUGCGAACUGGGGCCCUCUCACGGCUCUGUCCUGGAGUGCUUCACCCCCAGGGCGCUUCCCACGCAGGGGGGAACCAGGACAGCCCUGGAGUUCAAAUAUCCCCAUAGGGUCUGGUGGGGGGGGGUGGUGUCUGUUCUCAUACAUUUUCCCAGCACUGGUUUGCUGAGGCGGCCGUGGACGCCUGGCACCGUGUGACCUGCUGUGAUUUUUCCCUUCGGAAUCCACACCUAACCCCUUGGGCACUUAGACCAGGAAACUAAUAUCCAAGGAAUAACAGGAUGCUAAUUCCUCGUGGCCCCCCAGUCGACCUCCCUUCUGCGGCUGUGAGCACCAAGGGAGCCGCCCUGCUUGACCUGGAGCCAUCUGUCUGUCUUUCCAUCUGUCUCUGCAUCCAUCCACCUCUCGGCAGAGCUGGCGGCUUGACCCCAGAGCAUCUGUGCAGAGUGAGGAGAGGACUAGAACAUGCUGUAAAGACCUCUGCAACAAGACCCAGGAAGCUGCAAGCUCAGCCUAAACCCUGAAGCGGCCCUGCCCCCCCCGCCCAGCAUGGCCUCCGAGGACAAGAAUGGCGAGAGCAUCUCCUCGGGGUCCAGCAGCCGCCUGCAGAGCCGGAAGCCGCCUAACCUGUCCAUUACCAUCCCUCCGCCCGAGACCCCGGCCCCCAGCGAGCAGGCCAGCAUGCUGCCCCAGAGGCCCAGGAACCCCGCCUACCUGAAGAGCGUCAGCCUCCAGGAGCCACGGGCACGAUGGCAGGAGGGCGGCUCGGAGAAGCGCCCUGGCUUCCGCCGCCAGGCCUCGCUCUCCCAGAGUAUCCGCAGGGGCGCUGCCCAGUGGUUCGGGGUCAGUGGCGACUGGGAGCUGAAGCGGCAGCACUGGCAGCGCAGGAGCCUGCACCACUGCAGCGUCCGCUACGGCCGCCUCAAGGCCUCGUGCCAGAGGGACCUGGAGCUGCCCAGCCAGGAGGUGCCUUCCUUCCAGGGCACCGAGUCUCCAAAACCCUGCAAGAUGCCCAAGAUUGUGGACCCCCUGGCCCGAGGACGGGCCUUCCGCCACCCGGACGAGGUGGACCGGCCCCACGGCCCGCACCCACCGCUGACCCCCGGGGUCCUGUCCCUCACCUCCUUCACCAGCGUGCGCUCUGGCUACUCCCACCUGCCCCGCCGCAAGCGGAUGUCGGUGGCCCACAUGAGCUUUCAGGCCGCCGCCGCCUUCCUCAAGGGGCGCUCGGUGCUGGAUGCCACGGGACAGCGGUGCCGCGUGGUCAAACGCAGCUUUGCCUACCCCAGCUUCAUGGAGGAGGACGCAGUGGACGGGCCGGAGACAUUUGACUCCUCGUUCUUCAGUAAGGAAGAAAUGAGCUCCAUGCCCGACGAUGUGUUUGAGUCGCCCCCCCUCUCUGCCAGCUACUUCCGGGGCCUUCCCCGCUCGGCCUCCCCCGUCUCCCCGGAGCGGGCGCAGGUCCCUCUGAAGGAGAGUGGCCGAGCGCCCGUGCCCACGGCCAAACGCGGCAAGCGCAUCGCCUCCAAGGUGAAGCACUUUGCCUUCGACCGGAAGAAGCGGCACUACGGCCUGGGCGUGGUGGGCAGCUGGCUGAACCGCAGCUACCGCCGCAGCAUCAGCAGCACUGUGCAGCGCCAGCUGGAGAGCUUCGACAGCCACCGGCCCUACUUCACCUACUGGCUGACCUUCGUUCACGUCAUCAUCACGCUGCUCGUGAUUUGCACGUAUGGCAUCGCGCCCGUGGGCUUCGCCCAGCACGUCACCACCCAGCUGGUACUCAGGAACAAAGGUGUGUAUGAGAGCGUGAAGUACAUCCAGCAGGAGAACUUCUGGAUCGGCCCCAGCUCGAUUGACCUGAUCCACCUGGGAGCCAAGUUCUCGCCCUGCAUCCGGAAGGACCGGCAGAUCGAGCAGCUGGUGCUGCGUGAGCGAGACCUGGAGCGGGACUCGGGCUGCUGCGUCCAGAACGACCACUCGGGCUGUAUCCAGACCCAGCGGAAGGACUGCUCGGAGACUUUGGCCACUUUUGUCAAGUGGCAGGAAGAUACGGGACCCCCCAUGGACAAGUCCGAUCUGGGCCAGAAGCGGACAUCAGGGGCCGUGUGCAACCAGGACCCCAGAACCUGCGAGGAGCCAGCCUCCAGUGGUGCCCACAUCUGGCCCGACGACAUCACCAAGUGGCCGAUCUGCACGGAGCAGGCCAGGAGUAACCUCUCGGGCUUCCCACACAUGGACUGCCAGAUCCGGGGCCGCCCUUGCUGCAUCGGCACCAAGGGCAGCUGUGAGAUCACCACUCGAGAAUACUGUGAGUUCAUGCACGGCUAUUUCCACGAAGAGGCCACACUCUGCUCCCAGGUGCACUGCUUGGACAAGGUGUGUGGGCUGCUGCCCUUCCUCAACCCCGAGGUCCCGGAUCAGUUCUACAGGCUCUGGCUGUCUCUGUUCCUCCACGCCGGCGUGGUGCACUGCCUGGUGUCCGUGGUCUUCCAAAUGACCAUCCUGCGGGACCUGGAGAAGCUGGCCGGCUGGCACCGCAUCUCCAUUAUCUUUGUCCUCAGUGGCAUCACUGGUAACCUUGCCAGCGCCAUCUUCCUCCCGUACCGGGCGGAGGUGGGCCCGGCAGGGUCGCAGUUUGGCCUCCUGGCCUGCCUCUUCGUGGAGCUCUUCCAGAGCUGGCAGCUGCUGGAGCGGCCCUGGAAGGCCUUCCUGAACCUGUCGGCCGUCGUGCUCUUCCUGUUCGUCUGCGGCCUCCUGCCCUGGAUUGACAACAUCGCCCACAUCUUUGGCUUCCUCAGCGGCCUGCUGCUGGCCUUCGCCUUCCUGCCCUACAUCACCUUCGGCACGAGCGACAAGUACCGCAAGCGCGCCCUCAUCCUGGUGUCGCUGCUGGUCUUCGCCGGCCUCUUCGCCUCCCUCGUCAUCUGGCUCUACGUCUACCCCAUCCACUGGCCCUGGAUUGAGUACCUCACCUGCUUCCCCUUCACGAGCCGCUUCUGCGAGAAGUACGAGCUGGACCAGGUGCUGCACUGACUCCCCGCCCGGCGGGGCCGGCGCGGCAGCGGCUCCCACCCAGCGCUGAGCCCAGGGGCCUGGGGCCGGGCCCGGGCUGCCCACCUGCACGGCGCCCCACCCGCACUCCGAGACCCCAGGGGGCUGGGCCCUGCUCCCAGGAGCCCCCCUCCACCACCGAGGCGAAGCUGAGUCUUCUGGAGACGGCCCCGCUUCCUCAGCCCUAGGCUGGGGCCCCCACGCAGCGUGUGCUUCUCGGAAGCUCGGGGCCCAGGCCCUGGUGUUACUGCGAGCCUGCCUUUCCCGGGGACGUGGCACGAGCUCCCCCUUGCCGGGGGUUCCCAGCCCUGCACGCCGUCACCCUUCCCAUCCCUCCUCCCCUCUCUGCCCUGAGAACCCACGCCCGCAUGCCUCAGGGGCCUGGUGAGCCUGGCAUUAAUGCUCCCUGCCCCAACACUGUGGGCGAGGCUUUGGCCGGGGUCUGGAGCCGAGAAGGGGCAGAGACACAGCAGACGAAAGCCGAGAGGCUGUGCCGCUCUUAGCAGACAGGCCGUACCCGCCCCCUCGGCCCCCACCCGGACUCAGCGUUCUGCCUCGUGGGGCUGGUCUGACGCCUGCCCGCUGGCUCUGCCACCCUCUGCCUCACUCCUGCUCCCAUGGGGGCAGGGCCGCCCCAAGGACAUAACUCUCAGGGGUCGCCUAAGGUCAAUUGGGUCCCCCACCUUUUUUUUUUAAGCUAGUUUAUAUUAUGGUCCUAAUUUUUUAAAGUAACGCUAACUUCGUAUGGAUGAUGUCUGAAAUAUAUUAAAUGAUCUUCUUUAGG